AUGAAACUAUCAAGAUUCUAGCUAACAAAGCUUUCGAAAACAACUGGUUCAACUCAACAUACGACCUCAACAUCAGCAAAGAAAACUUGAUUGAGCUCUUGACCAUCUCGACUAAAGACCAACUUUUCCAAUAUGAUGGUCAACUCUAUGAACAGGUCGAUGGAGUAGCGAUGGGAUCUCCCCUCGGACCCCUCCUUGCUAAUGUUUUUAUGUGUCACAUCGAAGAUAUUCUACAACGUAAGGGAAAGCUACCAUCGUACUACAAACGUUAUGUCGACGACACCUUGACCAUCAUGCCCGACCUGGAUAUAGCUAAUGAGUUUCUACACGAACUUAAUCAAGUACACCCUUCAUUGAAGUUCACUAUGGAAGUAGAGAGUAAUGGUAUGCUGCCUUUUCUCGGCAUUCAACUACUUAACAAAGCGCCUAACAUCGAAACGAAAGUUUACGUCAAACCAACUAACACCGGCCUUUUACUUCAUUAUCAAAGUCAUGUUGAUGAACGUUAUAAACGCAACUUGGUUACCACCAUGCUUGAAAGGGGCUAUCGUAUUUCAUCAUCGUGGAAAGACUUCAUAGAGGAAUGUGUUCGUCUCGAAAAACUCUUUCUAAAUUUGGAGUAUCCAAAACAACUCAUUACAUCUAUCACACGCCGCUUUAUUGAUUCUAAGAACACAAGACAAAGCGUACACACACCUGAUGACAAAGACAUAGUUAGAAUUGUUCUACCGUUUAAAGUCAAAAAACAAGUCGCUGAUAUAUCCCAUAAAACCAGAAUCUCCAUUCAACCUGUCUUUGUAACCAAAAACAUUGGG